AUGGCCGGCCAGGAUGACGUCGACUGUUCGGGUAUGAUAACUGGUAAAAUGGAUUGCAACAACCAAAAGUCGAAAAGGUUGGCAAGUUCCUCUCAUAAUGCAAAUAAAACAUCUUUCAAUUUUUUGGUUGAGGAAAUGGAAAUGGGUUCAAGGAGGGAAGCUGAUGAUCGUCAUAGUAUUUUUGGAUCAAGUGAAUCUUUUCUUCCUGGUUUGCACGAUGACAUUGCCUUAAUGUGUCUUGCUUGGGCUCGUAGAUCGGAUUAUGCUUCAUUGCCAUGCUUAAACGCGAGGUUUAAUUCACUAAUUAAAAGCGGUUAUUUGUAUGAGUUGAGAAGGCAGCUUGGGAUUAUGGAGCAUUGGGUGUAUAUGGUUUGUGAUCCUAGGGGAUGGGAUGCAUUUGACCCCUUUAGGCAGAAGUGGAUGAGAUUACCGAAGAUCCCGUGUGAUGAGUGUUUUAAUUAUGCUGAUAAGGAGUCUUUAGCAGUGGGAAAUGAGCUUCUGGUGUUUGGGCGUGAGUUGUUUGAUUUUGCCAUUUGGAAGUAUAGUUCGACUGGUCAUGAUUGGGUGAAGUGUGAAGGGAUGAAUCAUCCUCGUUGCCUAUUUGCGUCUGGUACUCUUGGCUCAAUUGCUGUUGUAGCUGGGGGGAGUGACAAGAAUGGGAAUGUCUUGAAAUCUGUAGAGCUUUAUGAUUCUUUGACGGGUAAAUGGGAAAUGUUACCAAGCAUGCAUACUCCCCGUAGAUUGUGCUCUGGGUUUUUCAUGGACAGAAAAUUCUAUGUGAUAGGUGGGAUGACUAGUCAUACUGAUUCUUUAACUUGUGGGGAAGAGCUUGAUCUUAAAACAAGAAAGUGGAGGAAAAUUGAGGGCAUGUAUCCUAACGUCAAUAGAGCUGCUCAGGCACCUCCACUUGUUGCGGUUGUUGACAACCAACUUUAUGCUGUUGAAUAUUUAACAAACAUGGUAAAGAAGUAUGACAAAGAGAAGAACUUGUGGGAUGCACUCGGACGACUUCCUGUCAGGGCCGAUUCCUCUAAUGGUUGGGGACUUGCUUUCAAGGCCUGUGGCGAGGCACUCCUUGUAGUUGGUGGUCAAAGGGCUCCCGAAGGCGAAGCUAUUGUGUUGAAUUCUUGGCAUCCAAAAUCAGGGGUCAUGAACGGCACAUUGGACUGGAAGGUCCUUGGAGUGAAGGAGCAUGCCGGUGUCUUUGUUUACAAUUGUGCUGUCGUGGGUUGCUGA